AUGGAGGUAAACAAUACAACCACCUUGUCCAACAUCUCAAGCACGGACCCACACCGCUGUGAUGUGUAUUGCAGGACAAUUCUGAUAACAGUCUACAGCAUAGUUUUUCUUGGCGGCACUGUUGGAACAGUUAUGAUGUCAUGCAUGAUGUUCAAAAGGAAUAGCCAAUCCAUGAUUGCCACGAUCAUCCUUAACAUCAUGGUGCUGCACUCCCUCCUCCUGGUCAGUCUUCCGUUCCGCCUCAGCUACUACCUCUCAGUGGUCUGGGAGCUCGGAUCCUUCACCUGCCGAGUGACUAGUGGUCUCAUAUACUAUCACAUGUACUUUACCUUUGUUUUCUAUGUGGCCAUUGUCACGCUUCGACUGCUCAUCUACUUUAAGAAACUCCAAACACAGCAAUUACAAAAGUACCAUGCAAUAAUUCUAAGCAUUGUUAUUUGGGUGGUGGGUAGCUUCAUCUUUUUGCCAGUAUUUUUUUCACAAUAUGGCACAGAUCCAAGUUACUUAGAACAGCAACGAUGCUUUGAGUUCUACAAAGAUCUCAACUUCAAGGAAGUCAUCAUCAUGAACUACUCUAUGAUUGUCAUUAUCAUGACAACUGUUCUAGUCCUCUUUCUCAUACAGAUGGCUGUCGUUCUUCGGUUAAUAAAGGCUUAUUGGCCUGAUUUGUGGGCCCAUCAUGAGUAUAGAGCUCAAAUCAAGAGUUUCUUCUUCCUGUUAGUAAUAGUUGUCUGCUUUAUACCCCACCAUGCAUUCCGGGUAUAUUUUAUUCAAAAUUAUUCAGAGGAGGAAAAUCCCAAGUUAAUACUUUACAAUGAAAUUUGUGUUGCUUUAACGACGGUUUGCUGCCUGGAUAUGCUGUGUUUUGUAGGCGGGGUCAUUCACUAG